CAUGGGUAGAAUUCGUUCCUCUUUGUUUCUUGGAGCUGCAUUCGCCAUUUUCAAGCUUUAAUCUUGGAUCACUCGGUUGGUUUUUAAUAUUAUUUUCAGUUUUCUACUGUGAACACUUCGAGCAUUAUCUCAAUCUCAAUGCAGUAUCUCAAUCUUCAAUUCCAUUUUAUUCUUUUUCUUCUUAUGUUUUUCUUGUCUUGGACUAAAAAUUCAAGGUACCCAUUUCUUUUAAAGUUGAGAAAUUUGUGGUCUGUAAGACUAUAACUGUUCCUCUGCUGAGAUAUUUAUGCUAAUCUCUCUCUCUCUCUCUCUCUCUCUCUCUCAUUUGCUCGCUUUUUUGUUUUGAGGUUUUUGGUUUUUGUUAUUGGCGUUGGCUUUCUCACCAAAUGGGUUUGAUACAAGUAAUCAGGUCUAUUGAAUUUGUCAAGUUUGGAUAGCAGUUUACAUAUAGACAAGGAAGGUAAUCAGGCUUCUCCAAUGGAGCAUUAUGAGGUACUCGAGCAGAUCGGGAAGGGAUCUUUUGGUUCAGCCCUUCUUGUGAGGCACAAGCAUGAAAAGAAAAAGUAUGUACUGAAAAAAAUUCGUCUUGCUCGCCAGACUGAUAGGUCUCGCAGGUCAGCACAUCAGGAGAUGGAGCUUAUUUCAAAAAUACGAAAUCCCUUUAUUGUGGAGUACAAAGAUUCCUGGGUUGAAAAGGGUUGCUAUGUAUGCAUUAUUAUAGGUUAUUGUGAAGGAGGAGACAUGGCAGAAGCUAUAAAGAAAGCCAAUAGUGUUCUAUUCCCUGAAGAGAAGCUCUGUAAGUGGCUAGUUCAACUCCUGAUGGCACUUGAUUAUUUGCAUGCUAAUCAUAUUCUUCAUCGAGAUGUCAAGUGUUCGAAUAUUUUCUUGACAAAGGAGCAAGACAUACGCCUUGGCGAUUUUGGACUUGCAAAAAUUUUGACAUCAGAAGAUCUUGCGUCCUCUGUUGUUGGAACUCCCAGUUAUAUGUGUCCAGAGCUUCUAGCUGAUAUACCUUAUGGUUCUAAGUCAGAUAUUUGGUCUUUGGGAUGCUGUAUAUAUGAAAUGACUUCUCUUAAACCCGCCUUUAAAGCUUUCGAUAUGCAAGCACUGAUAAACAAAAUAAACAAAUCAAUAGUGGCUCCCCUUCCAACAAAAUAUUCCGGUGCCUUUCGAGGUCUCGUUAAAAGCAUGUUGCGGAAGAACCCAGAACUUAGACCAAGUGCUGAAGAGUUACUUCGGCAUCCGCACCUUCAGGCCUAUCUCCUCAAGAUUCAUCUCAAAAUCAAUAACCCGAGACGCAACACCUUACCAGUCCAGUGGUCUGAAUCAAAAAACAUAAAGAAAACUAGAUUUUCGGAGCCUUUGUCAGCUUACAGAGAGAAGCGGCAUUCCCACAGCAAUGACAGGACUUUAAAUCCGAGUAUAUCUGGUGCUGAGCUAGAUUCUAUAUCUUCAACCAAAGGGAUCCGCCGUGAGAUCCCAAGUUAUCUGAACAGAAAGUUAUCAGAUUUGUCGAUUGAGAGCAGCCAUGAAGGGACAGUUAUUUGUAAGGCCAUUGCUUCCAAAGCUUCAAAUUUCGCCAAGUCCUCAGGACGAGUUCCUGCCAAGGUUUCAGCCACUCCUAAGAAACAGACAGAGAAUGCUAAAAACCGUGACUUGUUUGCUGUGUCACGUAUUCCGACUAAAAAUUCUGUUCCCACUACUCGUCGUGCAUCUUUACCAUUGGCAACAAGAACUGCAAUCAAGCAAACCUCCUACAGGCCUAAUAUUGGUAUCCUUCACCAUAUAAAAUCUCCAGAUGUUUCUGUCAACGCUCCUCGAAUUGACAAGAUAGCAGAAUUCCCAUUAGCUUCGUAUGAAGAAGCCUUCAUUACGGCACGCAGAACCUCAUCAAUCUCUGCACAGGGCUCUAAUGGUUCACCAAUAUCACACGAUUGUUCAAUCACAAAAGACAAAUGCACUGUUCAAACAUGUGACAGAGCUUUUUCGAAGCCCAGGUUCUCCGAUGCAUGGCAGGGAAUUCAGCGUAGCGUGUUCAAAGCAGACAGGGAAAAUGGAAGUGAUUGCUCUGAUCAAAAUGCAACUGCUGGGGCAUCAAGUCGUACCUCAUCAGACACACGUCAACGAAGAUUUGACACAUCAUCGUACCAGCAACGAGCUGAAGCUUUGGAGGGUUUGCUUGAGUUCAGUGCAAGAUUGCUGCAGCAGGAAAGGUAUGAAGAACUCAAUGUGCUACUAAAACCAUUUGGACCAGGUAAGGUCUCCCCAAGGGAAACUGCCAUUUGGUUGACUAAGAGCUUCAAAGAGAAUACUGUCAAGCCUGAAGAUUGAGAAAAGCCAACCACUUUCCAUUUGUAUCAUAUCCUUAGUUGUUGUACCAAUUUUCUAGAGUCUGAUAUAUCGGUUUUUUCGUUUUUUCUUUAACACGAUUUAUGUCAAGAGACAGUAGUCACUUAGCGAAUGCUGACUUAUAGGUUGUAAUCAAUCUUUUUAUGUGCCAUGAGUCUUGAUAUAUUUUAUUGAGGUAA